UCACCCCCACCCUUCUCAGGGCUGGCCGUCUCAGUGAGCACGCACCGCCCGACCUGCCAGCGCCACCGCCAUGGUCUCCUGCUCCGUUUUGCUCGCAUGCACCCGCGCUCCCCUCCCUCCUCUCCCAAGGCCAGCAAGUCCCCUCCUCGGAAGAACCGCCGCCACCAUCACCAGAGACAACGCCAAUGCUCCUCUGUUCGUCAGCCUCGUGUGCCGGCCGGGAGGAGCUGGAGGGUGGCGCCGGGGGUGGGCCCAAAUCUGCCGGGACUCCUCGCUCCAAGGCCCUCCCGGCGCCGAUUCUUCUGCACAGGAGCAAGAGGACAAGAAGAAGAGCGAAGCUGUUGCGGCGGCGGCAGCCCGGAUUGCUAGUGAUGGCGGCGGUGGUGGGAGGCUGAGCGACUGGACGACGUCGGUGCUUCUCUUCGGGGUCUGGGCGGGUAUCUUGUACUACGUCUUCCAGCUCGCGCCCAACCAGACGCCGUACAGAGACACGUACUUCUUGCAGAAACUUCUAAAUCUGAAAGGGGAUGAUGGCUUUCGAAUGAAUGACAUUCUUGUUUGUCUAUGGUACAUUAUGGGCCUCUGGCCACUUGUGUACAGUAUGUUGCUCCUUCCUACUGGUAGAAGUUCAAAAAGCAAGAUUCCCGUCUGGCCAUUCCUUGUUCUUUCGUGCAUUGGGGGAGCAUAUGCUUUGAUUCCUUACUUUGUUCUAUGGAAGCCUCCUCCACCUCCCAUUGAUGAAGACGAAAUUGGACAAUGGCCAUUAAAAUUUCUUGAGUCAAAGUUAACUGCAGGAGUGGUGUUUUCCCUAGGCCUUGGACUGAUUAUAUACGCUGGAAAAGCUGGUGGUGACGAUUGGAAGGAAUUCAUUCGAUACUUUAGGGAGAGCAAAUUUAUCCAUGCCACCUGCCUUGAUUUCACUUUGCUCUCGGCCUUUUCACCAUUUUGGGUCUACAACGACAUUACAGCAAGACGAUGGAAAAAGGGUUCUUGGCUUCUGCCGCUUGCGUUUAUCCCUUUUGUGGGGCCCUCACUCUAUCUUCUACUGCGUCCAUCGCUUUCCUCUCUGCUGGCUGCAUCUGCUUCAUCAUCUGAUGAAAUUGAGAAAUAACUGGUAUCUAACUUACAACCAAUGAAGAUUUUGGUUGUGAACAGGGUAAUAUGGUUGAUCUGGCAACUGGAUUUGUCAGCUCAAAUAUUAUGUCAAUUACUGAUCUGGAGCAAAUCCACAAUUUUGUAUGUCACUGCACAGUUCAAAUCCGAAGGCAGGUCUGGAUAGACAUUUUCAGCAUUAUCAGCAUCUGGGUGCCUCACAAAUUUAUCAAGGUUAUGCUCAUUGAGUAAUCAGCGGCAAUGUUUCAAUCUCUGACGAACAAUCAACAAUGUAUGUAUGCAACAAACUGUUAGGAUACUGUAUUGAUAUAUAUAUAUCAUUCAUGUAUAGUAAUUUUGCUCCUGUUACAGUGACCCAUAUGUAAGAAGCCAGCGUAGUGAUACAUAAUCAUGAAUAGUUGGCUACAAAUUUCUGGUUGCAGCCAAAGAAAUUGCUAGCAAAAAUACAUAGCAAUGCCAAUGCAAUUGUGAAGCAGAUGUUUACUGUUA